UUCUCUGACAAUAAGCGAGCUUCUCUGUACGCAAUGCAGGGUGGAACGUUUAGGUCAUUUCUCUUUCUCAUUGUGACCAUUUCGAUCAUCGAAAUUCAAUCUGCGCCACUUGCCAAGUUAUAUCCAAGCAGUUAUCAAUAUCCACAAAUGAUUCAUCCCGAAUAUUAUCAAAUUGCUCAUCAGAAUGCUCUCGCACCCUAUUACAUAUACAAUUUGCUUCAGGUACAUACUGAUUUAACAUCUGAUAGUCAAACACUUUUGCCAGAAAAACAAACGACCCUUACUCAUUUGCCACCCUAUGGAUAUUAUUACUAUGACUUUAGAUUUCCGAUUAAUCCGAUAUAUCCAGUAUUGAGUCCAUCUCGUCCUGGAUUUAUUCCGGGAUCAGGAUCACCACCGAUAUCAACUCAACGUCCAUUCGUUGAUGUUGACAAUGACGACGACAGUGGUAUCGAAAAAUUGGACACAAAGAUUGAACCAGAUAAUAAACCUGAUGGUAAUGAUGGAAUUUACGAGGACGAUGACACGAUCACUAUCGAAGCAGUUAAAUAACAUUUUCCGUCCAAUUAAUUUAACAAAA